AUGAUUCCAAAUAGAGACAGAAGAAUUGAGAUUUAAAACCCCACCAAUGAGAUGCAGCCAAUAAUCUUUGAUGAAAUUCAUGAGGAAAAUAUGAUUCAAUACGACAGUAAGGAAUUCUCAGAGCUGCAGAGUUUUGUAAACUUACGGAAGCAGAUAACUGAGUAAAAUAGUUGGCUAAUUUACUCAGUAAUGGGAGCCAUCUCACUAGCAAGUCAUAACUACAUUAUAUCAGUUCAAAUGAAUAUGAAAAACAACUCCUCCUACAUCUACUCCGAGUGCUUUUCAUUCAUUACCUUCCCUCUAUGCUAUCAUGCUUUACAAGCUUACAAUACCUGGCAAUCUAGGGGCAAAUUUUGGACUAAAGAUAAGUCUUAACUGACUCUUAUAUCAAACAGAGAAAAAAUUGAUAUCCAUAAAAUCAUCCUGCUAAUAUUUAGAGGAAUCCUUCAAGUUAUGAUUCCACUUAACACAGCUCUCAUAGCGUUUUAUGCUAUCAAAGUUGACAUGAGUGUAGGAGCAAUGUACUCAAUUGUGACAUUGGCCUCAUUCUUUAUAGCUUUUACUUUCUAUAUACUUUAUAAAGAAAAAUUACUGGUGCGACAUAUCGUUGGAAUGGUACUAAUGAUAUUUGGAGUAAUUUCUAUAGCUGUUUCAAAGUCAAGGAACCAGGAUAUGACUAUAUCACCACAAUUAAUCAUACCUAUCAUGCUUUGUCUAUUAUAAUGUACAUUUUUGACUGUAUGUGCUGUUAUUCUAAGAUAAGUUACAAAGAGAGGAUAUGAUUCCAUUCAGUUUUCGCAAGACUCGUUCUUAGUAGCUGGUAUUUUUUAUCUGAUACUGUUUAUUUACUCUUAAACUGUAUUCCCAGGAUCAAUUACCACUCAAAAGAUUAUCAUCUUGACUUUAGCUGGAGCAUUCUUAAUACUUGGAAGUACAUUCUAAAACGUGGCAUUGAAGUCAGGCAGAGGAGGAGUAGUUAUGGCCAUUAUUUAGUGCUAAAGCUUGUUCUAAUUUGUAUUCGAGAUUUUCCUUUAGUUUAGAGUUCCUAAUAUUUUUGAAAUCACUUCACUCUCACUUUCAACUGUUGGAGUUAUUAUAGCCUCAUUAAAAGAUAACUAAUGA